AUGACAUCUUUAACUUCCGCUCAACUAUGCUUCCUGCCUUAUUGCCUUGUCAUCUUGUUGUAUGUUUCAUCACCAAAUUGGGUUGCUUUUCCUGCUGCUACUUCUACUUCUCAUACUGAAGCAAAGGCUCUUCUCAAAUGGAAAGCCAGCUUAUUUCUAAAUCAAGCCCUCAAUAACCUCACAUGGUACGACCCUCCCACUCAUCAUAUUCAUGCCACCAAUUCUUCCAGCACCAAUCGAAAACCAAGAACAAGCCCAUGCACUUGGACUGGUGUUUCAUGCAACUCAGCUGGAAGUGUCAGCAAGCUAAACCUUUCCACUUGUGGUAUUCAAGGUACGCUACAUGAGUUUUCAUUCUUGUCCUUCCCUAAUCUUGAAUAUCUUAACCUCAGCUUGAACAAACUCUUUGAUGCCAUCCCACCUCAAAUCAGCUACCUCUCCAAACUCCACCAUCUCGAUCUCUCCUAUAAUCAGUUCUCCGGGAGAAUCCCACCAGAAAUCGGUCUCCUAAGAAAUCUUAGGUUUCUUCGUCUCUCUAAAAAUACUUUGUUGGGGGAAAUUCCUAAAGAGAUAGGCAACCUGAAAUCCCUUGUAAAUCUAAGGUUGUCUUACAACAAUUUAAGUGGUCUCAUCCCUCCAAAUAUUGGUAACUUAAUAAACCUAAACACUUUGUACUUGGGUAAAAAUCAACUUUUUGGUUUGAUUCCCAAGGAGAUAGGGAACUUGAAAUCUAUUGUAGAUCUACAGUUGUCCUUCAACAAUUUAAGUGGUCUCAUCCCUCCAAAUAUUGGUAACUUAAUAAAGCUAAACACUUUGUACUUGGGUACAAAUCAACUUUCUGGUUUGAUUCCCAAGGAGAUAGGGAACUUGAAAUCUCUUGUAGAUCUAGAGUUGUCUGAAAACAAUUUAAGUGGUCUCAUCCCUCCAAAUAUUUGUAACUUAAUAAACCUAAACACUUUGUACUUGCAUACCAAUCAACUUUCUGGUUUGAUUCCCAAGGAGAUAGGGAACUUGAAAUCUCUUGUAGAUCUAGAGUUGUCCGAAAACAAUUUAAGUGGUCUCAUCCCUCCUAAUAUUGGUAACUUAACAAACCUAAACACUUUGUACUUGGAUUCCAAUCAACUUUCUGGUUUGAUUCCCAAGGAGAUAGGGAACUUGAAAUCUCUUGUAGACCUAUAUUUAAGCGUGAAUCAACUCAACAAUUCAAUUCCAGCCUCAUUUGCUAACUUGAGCAACUUGGAGAUCUUAUUCCUACGCGAUAACCAACUUUCCGGCUCCAUUCCCCAAGAGUUAGAGAAUCUCAAGAAUUUGACUUUCCUGGUGUUGGAUACAAACCAAUUGUCUGGUUAUUUGCCCCCAAAUAUCUGCCAAGGUGGAAAACUCACAAACUUUUCAGUACACACAAACUAUUUGACUGGUCCAAUCCCCAAAUGCUUGAAAAAUUGCAAGGGCUUAUUCAGAGUCCGUCUUGAGCAAAACCAAUUGAGGAGCAAUAUAUCUGAAGACUUCGGUGUUUAUCCGAAUCUUGAUUUUAUGGAUAUAAGCCACAACAACUUGUAUGGAGAAAUCUCACACAACUGGGGACAAUGCCCAAAGCUGACAGCCCUACGAAUGGCAAGAAACAACCUUACUGGGAGCAUCCCACCUGAGAUAGGCAAUGCAACCCAAAUUCAUGAGCUAGAUCUCUCUUCCAAUCAUUUAGUUGGGUUGAUUCCAAUAGGAUUCGGGAGACUGACUUUUUUGGAAAGGUUGAAGUUGAAUAGAAAUCAACUUUCGGGUCGUAUACCUUUGGAAUUUGGAUCAUUGAUUGAUCUUGAUUAUCUUGACUUGUCAACAAAUAGAUUCAGUGACUCAAUUCCGAGCAUUCUAUGUGACUUGCACAAAUUAUACCAUCUGAAUUUGAGCAACAACAAGUUAUCUCAAGCAAUUCCACUUCAAUUGGGGAAGUAG